UCAUAUUCAAAUAAUAUAAACAAAUAAAGAUAAAUAAAUAGCCUGAGCUAGGAGGAUGUGUAAGUCUCCAUGACAACGACCACACCACGUGAUUUUAAAAAAUGGAAAAAGGAGAUAGGGCAGCCUUUUUCAGUGCUGCAGAGCAGCAAGUUAUACUUCAGCGUUUUGAGGACCUAAAACAUAUUUUCAAUCACAAAAAUAAUACAACUGCUGCUGGUAAAGCGAGACAGGCAGCAUGGCAGAAAAUUGCCGAUUCAGUCAACGCGGUUAAUCCAUCUGGAGUAAAACGAAGUUGGCUGCAGGUCAAGGUGAAAUACAAGAACAUGGUACAAACAGCCAAAAAAGCAGAUAGGCGGAAGAUCAAGGAAGGCCCACUGCAACCUGUCUUUUCUGCUGCAGAGGACCUGAUGGCUGAAACCCAUAAAUUCUGUUCCACUAUAGACACUAUCACAAAGGAAACCUCUUCCACAGAACUCGAGUCAACACUCUCCUGCUCAAACUUUGUGAGAGUGCUAGCAAACCACAUGACAUCAGAGGAGAUCACUGCAGAAUCUGGGUCCGAAGUGUCAAUGAAUAAUGUACCAGUCGUAUACAUUGACAAUGCUGAAGAUAUCACGUCAGAUUCGUCUAUACAUGAGGGUCCAGGCAUAAACGAGACGUCACCUGAGGCCACACCAUCCACUUCCAAAACAUGGGACAGAGAGGGGGACAAAAAAAGAAAGCCCUCAAAUGUCAAAGUGAAGGACUUGUAUAUGAAAUACUUGCAACAGGAGAUUGACUACAGGAGAUUAAAGAUGCAAAAGAUGUCCUUGGAGAUGAAAUUACUUGAGAAACAAUUAAAUUCGUGAACGGAAAUGAAUCAUGCUUAUGUACAGUUAUUGCAAUCUUUCAGUUUUACUUAUUGAAUAAAUGUCCCCCCCCCCCCCCAAAA